AUCCAUUUCUCAACCCAAAUAAGACGCACAGAACUUGGUUACCUUCUUGCUCACCCAUCCUGUAAAAUCAACGGCUUCAUUGCCGCCCCUUCCAGCCUGGGCAUAUCACAUUUUCAUUCCAAUCCUUCCCCGUCCCUCUAUCUCUCCCCUACCCUCCGGAAGCAGCUGAAUCGAAGAAAUCAAACUAGUCUAACGCUGAGCUCGUCACUUCUCCUCCUCCGCCACGGACCACCGUCGCAGUUGAUGGCGUCUUCUCCAUCGCUUCUCCACUCCACGGUCUCUACAUUCCACGCCCAGAUCCCACUGAAUUCCUUCACCUUACAGGCCGGUAACACGAAAGUUUGGCAUCGCGGCUUAUCCGUGAAGGCUACCUCAGGGAUAGUGCGAGUGGAUAAAAGCGAAUCCGAAAAAAUUCAUCGGCUGAAGUCUGCAUAUCUCGAAAGAAUCGUUCCUUCGCUCAAAGAAGAGUUCGAAUAUAAGAACAUUCACGAGGUUCCAAAGGUUGAAAAGAUAGUGGUAAACUGUGGAAUUGGGGAUGCUGCUCAAAAUUCCAAGGGUCUGGAUGCUGCCAUGAAUGAACUGGCUUUAAUUACAGGGCAAAAGCCUGUUAAGACGAGGGCAAAGAAGGCUAUUGCAACUUUCAAAAUUCGAGAAGGCCAGCCUCUUGGAAUUGCUGUCACUCUUAGAGGAAAGAUAAUGUAUUCAUUUCUAGACCGACUCAUCAACUUAGGGCUUCCACGGACAAGGGAUUUCCAAGGUGUUAACCCAAGCAGCUUCGAUGGUAGAGGGAAUUACAGCAUCGGGUUUCAUGACCAGAGUGUCUUCCCAGACAUAACAUCUGAUGUACUUGGGAAACAGAGAGGAAUGGAUGUUUGCAUUACAACCACUGCCAAAACUGACAAAGAAGCUCAACGGCUGCUGGCUCUUAUGGGGAUGCCCUUCAGGGAAGAUGGUGGUGGCCAAGCCCCCGUGGUUAGAAAGAAGAAGCUCAGGUCUCACCACUUUGACUCAAAAUCAAAGCAGAAGGCAAGGAAAUGAGUGCGCUGUUGUAACAUGCCUCAAAGUCUUGUUUGUUGUAGGUCAAUGAAUUAUCACAUUGCUGUCGGUGUCUAAGCAGAUUUUGCUGCAGUUGCAUCUAAUUUCAGAGGGGAUAUAUUAGUUUGGGAGUAUUACUGGCAUGGGGUGGAUUUAUUUAGAAUCCUGAUUUAAAACCUAAAAAAGUGCGGUUCUUGAAUUUUAAGGAAAUAAAGACUAAAAUAAGACCCAUGACUUCU